AUGCAAAGAAGAAUUGUUGUCAGUGCACAGUCUAACAGUAAGAAACGUAUUUACAUUAUAUGCAAGCAAAUUCGCGAAGGAAAUACAAUUUCAAAAUGUGACCAGCGAAGAAAGUACUUCAACCGGAAGAAUAUAUCACCUGAAGAAAUGAUUAAAAAUGUACAGGACCAUAUAGAAGCCAUUCCUAAGUAUUCAAGCCAUUGUAGUAGGAAAGGUAAUCCUAAUCGAGUGUAUAUUGACCAUGAUCUUUCAGUUGCUUCCCUUUAUCAGAAACACUAUAAGCCAUGGUGCACAGAGCAUGGUACUGCACCUGUUAAAGAAGACACUUACCAGCAAAUUUUCUGUAACCAAUAUAACAUUGGCUUCAUGAUUCCAAAAAGCGAUACAUGCGACCAGAACAAGAUUUUAAUGGAAUCAAAUAAAGAUAAUGAGUCAAAGUUAAAAGAAAUUAAAAUCCAGUCAGAUAUAUAUCAAAGAAGAGCGGAAGCAAUCCAAGCUAACAUAAAACAGGAAAUAGACGAGGCUACGAGGCUAAACAAGAAGCUAGUCGUUUGCUCUUCAGCAGGCACUUUCAAUUUCUGA